AAAUGCUUUUCGCCCAUUUUCCUUCGUUUUCCUAUAACCAAACACUCCUUAGCUAACACCAACACCAACAUAUAAGAUGCAAUGAGUGGCCCGAUUAUCCAGGGGGAAUGCAAGUGAUAUAGACAGAACCAUACGCACCAAUUCCCUCCUGUCUUGAACCAUAACAAGCGUCAAGAACAGCCUAGAAAAGAAAAAUCAUGUAGAAGCAUUUAAUUUGCAAAGGUCUGGAGGUGGGUGUCUCAGGAAAACAUUGUUCUCUCCGUUUCAUCUGGGUUUCGUUCGAAGGUUGUUGAAUCUCAAUAAUGGAGAGUGACAAAUACUCUAAGGAAAUGGAUAUAGCCGUUAGAGUGGUUCACAUGGCGUGCUCUCUGUGUCAGAUGGUGCAAAAGGGGCUGGUUUCUACUGGCAGUGACCAAGUUAAAUCCAAGGACGACGAUUCUCCUGUGACUGUCGCAGAUUGGAGUGUCCAAGCAACUGUUAGCUGGAUACUGUCAGAAAUUUUGGGCAGUCAGAAUGUCUCCAUUGUUGCCGAAGAAGAUGUCAAAACUCUUUCCAAGGCUGAUUCAGCAGAUUUGUUGGCAGCUGUGGUGAACACUGUGAAUAAAUGCUUGGCAGAUGCACCCAAGUAUGGUCUUCAGAGACCAGACAAAGUCCUUGGGACUCUACAGAUUCUAGAGGCCAUCGGUCGAUGCAACUCAACUGGGGGCCCCACGGGAAGACAUUGGAUACUUGACCCGGUUGAUGGCACACUAGGGUUUGUACGGAAGGAUCAGUAUGCCAUAGCUUUAGCCUUGAUGGAGGAUGGACAAGUUGUUCUAGGCAUUCUUGGAUGCCCCAAUUAUCCUAUGAAGAAAGAGUGGUUAAAUUUUCAUCAUGAACACUAUCAAAAUAUGUCCCAAUUGUCUCCACCCAGUUUAGAUUCAUGGGAAGAAGGAUGUGUUAUGUAUGCAAGAAGAGGCAGUGGUGAGGCAUGGAUGCAACCAUUAGUCCAUGGAGAUAAGAAGCUUGAAUGGCCAAACUCUGCUAGACGGAUUCAUGUUUCAUCUAUUGAUGAUCCGUCAUUGGCAACAUUUUGUGAGUCGGUAGAGAAGGCAAAUUCAAACCAUUCCUUCACGGCAGGGGUUGCUCAUAGUGUAGGCCUCAGAAAGCAGCCCUUGCGUGUUUACAGCAUGGUGAAAUAUGCAGCCAUAGCUCGGGGAGAUGCUGAGAUAUUUAUGAAGUUUGCAAGAUCUGGGUAUAAAGAGAAGAUAUGGGAUCAUGCUGCUGGUGUUGUCAUUGUAGAAGAAGCCGGUGGUGUGGUUACUGAUGCUGGAGGGCGCCCCUUGGACUUUUCAAAGGGAGUGUUCUUAGAAGGUCUUGACCGGGGAAUAGUUGCCUGCUCUGCCAAAUUGCAUGAGAAAAUCAUCGGGGCUGUUUAUGCUAGCUGGGAUUCCUCUAAUUUAUGAGACUUCCAUAUCAUGCCAGUGCACUGUGGAGUCAUUAAAUUUGGACUUUUGCAGGAAGUUGAUCGACAGGUUGACAAGUAUGAGAACUCUGUCCAAGUUGGUUUGAGAUCAGGGCUAGCAGAUUGCCGAAAAGGGAUGCUUAUGGAGGUCACCCGGAUGUACUCAAAUUUGACAAUGCUCCAUAAUGUUUCUCCAUGUCUAGCAAAAUUGACAAAAUUGACACAUUGCUUUGGGGAAAUGAGCCAUGACCAAGUAUAAGUUUUACGGUAAAAGAAGUAUAUUUACACAUUUACCUGAUCUAAAUAAAACAAUGAUGACUCAUUUAGUAUAGAUUUCCAUUUCAAUUAUGUUUGAUUUUUGAAGAAAGAUCUUAGUUCAAGAAUGUAUUAUUGAUAUGACUUUACCGCCUGAACAGGAAAAUGUUUGAUAAAUAGAAAGUCAAAAUUAUUAGAUA